CAAUCGAUCUCGGAUAGAUCCAUUCUCCCCUUCCAGCUUGUUUUCGUUGCGACGCCAUGCUCUCUCUUCUCACUCAGCCUGGUUCGUUUCAACUUUUCAGACUCAUGAUACAGGUGUAUGAAGUCGUUAACAUUUGAAAUAAUAUCCCAGCUCUAGGCUAAUGUUUCCAAAUUCAUGCUUCAACGAGGAUGUGUACUACUCGACCAUUCUCAUGGAACCAUCGGUCCCGAGUCCUGUCACACAAAACAGCGUCGCCGCUUUUAGUUCGUCAGACUUCUCCUUCAUGUAUUUGCAAACGCGCACAUCGGAAAGCGGAGUGCCGUUAUGACAUAUAUUCUUUCCACCCACUGGAGAGUAACCUAUCCCGCCCCAUCCGUGAGGCUUUCACUCUCAACACCUUCGCUUACUCCGGAGUCUCGACCUUCCGUUCACCCCGCAACCCAAUCUCUAAAGUUUGGCCCCUAUGCCGCCGGUGUUGUACGGACACUUGGUCUGGAUCACAGCAGUUUUCGCGCCCUACGAUCGCAUAUCGAAAUGAGUCCUCCCGACUCCGACGAGAAUUUUUACACUCCUCCAUAUGUCGCCUUGUAAGCGAUGUUACUCACCAGAAGCGCUCGCGAUGGGCUGGUAAGCGCAGGGAAGGUAGCUAUCCGUAGAAGUUCACGAGAAUGGACUUCAGCAGCAUCUCAAGGCCCAGGAUCCUACUCCGCGGAUGGACAAGGUGGCAUUCAUCCGACACCUCCGACUCUCGCCGGUCUCAGACCCUGUACUGUAGUGUGUUGGACUUGCAACACCAGCGACUCCCCCUAUAGGCUCCUUACAUCAUGAAACCGAUCACGGAAAUGUCGCUCUGUCUCCCCACAACCACUGCUGCACUCCUAUGAUGCACCGGUCCAAUCACCGGUGCUAGGAGCAUACU